AUGGUCCAAAUCAGCGAGGUCAAGGGAAACAGUCGCGAGAACCGCACGGCUGCCCACACUCACAUCAAGGGCCUGGGACUGAAGCAGGAUGGAACCGCAGAGAAGCAGGCGGCCGGAUUCGUCGGCCAGACGACCGCGAGAGAGGCAGCCGGUGUUGUGGUUGACCUCAUCCGAGCGCACAAGAUGGCCGGCCGCGGCGUUUUGCUGGCAGGAGGGCCCGGCACGGGCAAGACGGCGGUCGCUCUCGCCAUUAGCCAAGAGCUCGGAACCAAGAUCCCCUUCUGUCCCAUCGUCGGCAGCGAAAUCUACUCGACAGAAGUGAAGAAGACGGAGAUGUUGAUGGAGAACUUCCGCCGCGCGAUCGGCCUCAAGGUCCGGGAGACGAAGGAGGUGUACGAGGGUGAGGUUACGGAGCUCACGCCCGAGGAGGCCGAGAAUCCUCUGGGCGGAUACGGCAAGACCAUCAGCACCCUGCUGAUCGGCUUGAAGAGCGCAAAGGGCCAGAAGAAGCUCCGGUUAGACCCCAGCAUAUACGAGGCCAUCCAGAAGGAGAGAGUGUCGGUGGGAGACGUCAUCUACAUUGAGGCGAACACGGGCGCCUGCAAGCGUGUGGGAAGGUCAGACGCCUAUGCGACCGAGUUCGACCUCGAGGCCGAGGAGUACGUCCCCAUUCCCAAGGGUGAGGUGCACAAGAAGAAGGAAAUCGUCCAGGAUGUGACACUCCACGACCUCGACGUUGCCAACUCGCGGCCCCAGGGCGGCCAGGAUAUUAUGAGCAUGAUGGGCCAGCUGAUGAAGCCCAAGAUGACCGAGAUCACGGACAAGCUGCGCGGAGAGAUCAACAAGGUGGUGAGCAAGUACAUUGACCAGGGCGUGGCCGAGCUCGUGCCCGGUGUGCUCUUCAUCGAUGAGGCGCACAUGCUCGAUGUCGAGUGUUUCACCUACCUGAACCGGGCCCUGGAAUCGCCCAUUUCGCCGAUUGUUGUGUUGGCGUCAAACAGAGGAAUGGCGACGAUCCGCGGCACAGAUGACAUUAUCGCGGCGCACGGUAUUCCGACGGACUUUUUGGCCCGUCUGCUCAUCAUUCCAACCACGCCGUACCAGGCGGACGAGAUCAAGCGUAUUGUUCGGAUCAGGGCGACGACGGAGGGUGUGCCCAUCACCGACGCCGCCCUGGACAAGAUCGCCGAGCAUGGUGUCCGGAUCAGCUUGCGGUACUGCCUGCAGCUGUUGACACCCGCCAGCAUUAUCUCCAAGGCAAACGGUCGCAGCCAAAUCGACGUUCAGGACGUGGCCGAGUGCGAGAGUCUCUUUUUGGACUCGCGGCGCAGUGCCAGCCUCUUGAGCGGCGAAAGCGGCAAAGGAUACAUCUCGUGA